AGUUUGCUGGUUCCACGGUUGUCUCCAGCCCCAGCAGCUCUCUUCCCCCCUUGCCAGCCGGCCGCCGCCUCCCACCCAGCUCUCCCAGCAAUGGAGCCGGAUUGGGAAAGGAACAGCACUCCCUGCAGCGACCCUGGGGACGUCCUGACCCAGGUGGGGGAUCUCAACUGGACUCUCUUCCACACCCGGGACGAGGAGCUAGCCCGGGCCGAGAUUGGGGUGCUGGCCACCAUCCUGGCAGUUGCCGCCGUGGGCAACCUGGGGGUGCUGCUGGCCAUGUACCGGCUGAGGAAGAAGAUGAGCAGGAUGCACCUCUUCAUCCUGCACUUGGGGCUGACCGACCUGGGGGUGGCGCUUUUCCAGGUGCUGCCCCAGAUGAUCUGGGAGGUGACCUACCGCUUCCUGGGGCCCGACCUGCUCUGCAGGGCCGUCAAGUACCUGCAGGUGCUAAGCAUGUUCGCCUCCACCUACAUGCUCAUCAUGAUGACUCUGGACCGCUACAUGGCCGUGUGCCACCCGCUGCGCACCCUGCAACAGCCAGGCAGGCAGGCCUACCUGAUGAUCGGGGCCACCUGGGUGUUCAGUGGCCUGCUCAGCCUGCCCCAGGUCUUCAUCUUCUCAUUGCAGGAGGUGCACCAGGGCUCCGGGGUGCUGGACUGCUGGGCUGACUUCAGGUACCCCUGGGGAGCCCGGGCGUACAUCACCUGGACCACGUUGUGUGUCUUCGUCCUGCCCGUGGUCAUCCUCACCAUCUGCUACAGCCUCAUCUGCCACGAGAUCUGCAAGAACCUCCGGGGCAAGACGCAGAGCGGAGCAGAGAUGGGAGCGGGGUGCCCCUGCAGCCAGGCCUCCCGGGUGAGCAGCGUGCGCACCAUCUCCAGGGCCAAGAUCCGCACGGUGAAGAUGACCUUUGUCAUCGUGCUGGCCUAUGUCGCCUGCUGGGCACCCUUCUUCAGCGUGCAGAUGUGGUCGGUGUGGGACGAGAACGCCCCCGAUGACGAGUCCACCAACGUGGCAUUCACCAUCACCAUGCUGCUGGCCAGCCUCAGCAGCUGCUGCAACCCCUGGAUUUACAUGUUCUUCAGUGGGCACCUCCUGCACGACAUCCUGUGGUACGUCUCCUGCUGCGGGAGCUUCCGGCCUGGCCUCAAGAGGCAAAACUCCAACGGGAGCCUCUGCAGCAGGAAAACCACCAUCCUGACUCAGAGCCACCAAACCGACACCCCUGGGAUCCAGCUGCAGCAGGGCGACUUGAAAGAUUUCUACCAGUCCUACGAGGACACGGUGACGGAGUCAGGUGUGCUCUAGAACUGCUGCUCGCGCCAGCCGCCAUUGCAGGAUGCAC